GUCGACCGAGACUGUAACUUAAUCUUAGGCUUGUCCCUAACUGCCUUUCUAUUCAUUUUAUCAUGUCUGUUCUUCCUAAAGUGACGCGUACAAUGCGCAUAAUUGCUUUGCCUCUUGCCCUCCCAAAGAUCCCACCUGAUCACAACCUGAAGCCGCACGCAGUUUUCAACCCCAACCGCAUGCUUGUUUACUACCACUUCGACCUCUCUCAAGGCAACAGUGUUAGGAGUCAAGAUCAGUCUGCUAUAAAACGAGCAGUGAAAUGGGCGUCCACAAAAGCUGCCGACCUUUGGGCUGGUUUCGGAAAGGCACCCGAAGGCAGUUGGAAGUUGCGAACAUAUGAACUUGGCGAACGCAUCGUCGACCGCAUAGACUUCGAGGAGCUAGCCCUGAAAGGUGUUGACCCUUCUUUAGGGCCAUCCAUUACUCACGCAGAUAUAACCGGACAAGAAGCCAAUGAGGUUAAAUCUUCAGAAAAGCAAACUCCGAGGGAGGCCUUGCGAAUACCCUUGAUUUAUCCGCCAUCCAUUUAUGCUUCGCUGCCAUCCACGGGCGUGAAUGAAGUGUCACAUCCUUCAAUUGUACACCUCCGCACGCUUCUGAGUAGUCGGGAGCCUCGGCAUCGCAGAGGAUUUUGGAUGUGGAUGGCAAUUGCUCCACUGACAGCCCCUUUCAUCCUUGUCCCCGUCAUACCCAACCUGCCAUUCUUCUUCUGUGCAUGGAGAUCUUGGUCACAUUACAGAGCAUAUAGAACUUCGCAGUACCUGUCAUCCCUUUUAGAGCACGGCUUUAUCGCGCCAGAGCCGAGCCCGGCACUUGACCAACUCUACGCUUCUUAUGCCCCAUCCUUAGCGAACAGUGAAAUCAUGCGCUCGCCGGCGGCGCCCCCUCCUCGAUCCGCGGCAUCACUGCCGGUGGCGAAUAAUUCAAACGCGUAUAACUGCCGUCCGUCCAAUGAUGCCACAGCUUCUUCAUCACAACCUGAUGUAUCUAAUGUUCACAAGACCUCGCGACGGCUAUUGCUUACUCGCGAUGCUAUUCCGCACAUCUUGCAGCUUUUUGGACUUCCGCAGUCAUCAGCGGCAGACAUGUAUCGUGCGGUAGAACAAGUGCGCGGACGUCUUGGAGGAACAUCUGGCCGGUGAUAGUUGCUAAUGGGCUACGCCUUUUUCCUGCCUAGGCAGCCUAGCACAAGUUUGAAAGGUAUCGCACACCGUGGUGGGUAAUGAAACGCGUAUGAUUGGCUGCAUUAAAGCCGGUUUAACUUCACCCGCUCCUCUCAAAAUUCAGAUCGUGAGAGCGGAUUUGCAAGGAUGCCAAAGCAUAGACCCGUUUGAUGGAAUAGACGUUCUCGAUCGUGUUCCAUUUCAAUUUGAUCACGCCAAAAAUGGCACCGCAGUCUCUGUAAGCCUGUCU